AUGAAAUAUCCAAAGACGCCCACACGUGUCUUUUACAAUGUCCACGAUCAGCCGCCGAAGCUCGUUGGAUGGGGAACGGAGGUCCCCGACGAUUCUGUCGAGCAUUUAAAACUACAUGAAUGGUUUAAAGUCGACCUUGGAGAAGUUGAUGGCGACAAUGGUCAAGUCAAAAGUCUUUACAGAGACUUCUUGACGUCCUUGUAUGGCGAACUUAGCACCAAGCGGUUCACGCCAGCUUCGCUGGGAGGAAAGAAUUUCGAAGAGGCCGAGGUUCUGUUCCUUUUCAGUGUACCCGCCAUAUGGGACCCGGCUGUUGUCCGUGAUUUCACGCAGCUCGUUUGUGACUCUGGCUUCGAAAGGGUGGGCCUUCACAGCGUCAGAGUGACCAUGACGGAGCCGCAAGCGGUUGCUGCGUAUGAGAUUUGCGUACCAAAUCUUGAUUACCAACUCAAGGCUAUGGAAUUAGCACCACCAACAACCUGUGCAAUUGGAUCCUCGUACAUCGACCGAGGCUUUGAGGAAAUGGUGGUGACUAUCUUCAGGACAAGCGUGAUCUCUUGCAACCGCUUCCGCAUUUGCAAACACGAAUUCAACCCCGAUAAGUUCCGCGACUUGACAUUCAACAUCUCUUUCAAGACGAGCGCUCGAGAUGACUCAAGAGACCCUCCCCCGCCACCCUCCUUUGUUCUGGCCGGGCUUAGUGAAUCUCUCGGUUCUUUGUUCGACAGCCAGAUUGAUGAGAUCAAUCAGCACAUUCGGCGUUUUGCGAGAGCAUUCGAGACAGACAGCGAGACUAAUUCCGAAAACCACCUCAUAAGUCUCAGAAGAAUCCAAAUCUCCCGCUACGUUCUAGGCAAGAUUGAAGAGUUUAUCGGCAAAUCGCAGAUAAACUUCACAGCGAAAACUAAAGUGGUCAUGCCGGCUGCCCCGCGACUUUCCUCAUUGACAGGUGCGAUUAAGAAGACUCGCCUUCGUGAUCUCAUCAAACGAGCACUCCUGCGUUUCCCCAAGGGCGAAAAGCCUGAGGGGGAAGUGGAGUGGUUUCUCAUCAAGGGGGGACUUGUUCCUGACCGAGUCGCCGUUCAUGAACAAACAGCGUACUUCAGUGCGGAUUUGCCACCCGAUAAGCGGAUCUGGGAGCUUGGCAUUCUCACCAGCUUCGAGAGCGACAUCGAGCGGUUGACACUUGAGGAUAACUGUCGUGUCCAGUCGGUCCUCAAAGUGAAGCUAUCCCAUAUUGGCGAACCUGAGCGGACUGGGACAAGAGACGCCCUAUCGAGACUCCAUCUGGCUCGAAAGCCCAAAAUUCAGAUCAAAUUUGACCUUCGGGUAGAGGUCGGACUGGCCACCGUCGAAAUUCAGUGCAGUAUGAUGACCAACUCAGUGUAA